GUGUUUUGAUGCCACACGUGAGGUUUAAAUUAAAUGAACAGCUGUGUUCACGAGACACAAGCAGCUGUGGACGAGGGAGAUUUCUCCUAGUUAGUUUUUAAUUGUUGCCUUAUACAGCCACAAAGCUGGGCAAGCUUACAAACAGGAAGAAACCGUUGCUGUCACAUCGACACCGACGACGGCUGUCGUUGCCCAGAGUGCGGCCGAGGCAAGAGCCCGCGACCGCCACAUCAGGCACCAUGAUGGAAGGGGGCAUGCAGCUGCUCAACCGCGAUGGCCACAGCAUCUCGCACAAUUCAAAGCGGCACUACCACGACUCUUUCGUGUCCAUGAACAGGAUGCGACAGCGCGGCUUGCUGUGUGACAUUGUGCUCCAUGUCUCCAACAAAGAAAUCAAGGCGCACAAAGUGGUGCUGGCAUCCUGCAGCCCCUACUUCCACGCUAUGUUUACCAAUGAGAUGUCGGAGAGUCGGCAGACCCAUGUGACCCUACAUGACAUUGACUCUCAGGCUCUGGAGCAGCUGGUCCAGUAUGCCUACACAGCAGAGAUUGUGGUCGGGGAAGGCAACGUGCAGACGUUGCUCCCAGCAGCCAGCCUGCUGCAGCUCAACGGGGUGCGGGACGCCUGCUGUAAGUUCCUCCUCAGCCAGCUGGACCCCUCCAACUGCCUGGGCAUCCGAGGAUUCGCUGACACGCACUCCUGCAGCGACCUGCUUAAGUCCGCACACAAGUAUGUCCUGCAGCACUUUGUAGAGGUGUCCAAGACAGAAGAGUUCAUGCUGCUGCCACUGAAACAGGUCCUGGAUUUGAUCUCCAGUGACAAUCUCAACGUGCCAUCUGAAGAGGAAGUGUACCGGGCUGUGUUGAGCUGGGUGAAACAUGAUAUCGAUGGACGCAGGCAACACGUACCUUGGCUGAUGAAGUGUGUGCGGCUGCCGCUGCUGAGGCGAGACUUUCUAAUGAGCAAUGUGGACACGGAGCUGCUGGUGCGUCACCACUCGGAGUGCAAGGACCUGCUGAUUGAGGCUCUCAAGUAUCACCUGAUGCCUGAGCAGAGGGGAGUCCUCAGCAACAGCCGGACACGCCCGCGACGCUGUGAGGGCGCCAGCCCUGUGCUCUUCGCCGUUGGUCAGUGUGCCCCUGAAGGUGGAGGCAGCCUGUUUGCCAUCCAUGGAGACUGUGAGGCGUACGACACCAGGACAGAUCGCUGGCACAUGGUGGCAUCCAUGUCCACUCGGCGGGCACGGGUGGGCGUCGCAGCCAUUGGGAACAGACUUUAUGCUGUCGGAGGGUAUGAUGGAACCUCAGACCUCGCCACCGUGGAGUCCUACGACCCCAUCACUAACUCCUGGCAACCUGAGGUUUCCAUGGGAACACGGCGAAGCUGUUUGGGUGUAGCCGUCCUACAUGGCCUGCUGUACGCUGCUGGAGGUUAUGAUGGAGCUUCCUGCCUCAAUAGUGCAGAGCGUUACGACCCUCUGACUAGUACAUGGACCUCAAUAGCUGCCAUGAGCACCCGUAGGAGAUACGUCCGAGUAGCAACUCUGGAUGGCAACUUGUAUGCAGUGGGAGGUUAUGACAGCUCCUCACAUCUCGCAACGGUGGAGAAAUAUGACCCCCAGAGCAACACAUGGACAGCCAUUGCUAACAUGCUGAGUCGGCGCAGCAGUGCCGGGGUGGCCGUGCUGGACGGCAUGCUGUAUGUCGCAGGAGGGAAUGACGGCACCAGCUGCCUGAACUCUGUAGAGCGGUUCAACCCCAAGACUAACACCUGGGAGGGAGUGGCCCCCAUGAACAUACGAAGGAGCACGCAUGACCUUGUGGCUAUGGAUGGCUGGUUAUACGCAGUGGGAGGUAACGACGGCAGCUCCAGUCUCAACUCCAUCGAGAAGUACAACCCACGCAGCAACAAAUGGGUCGCCGCCUCCUGCAUGUUCACGCGACGCAGCAGUGUGGGCGUGGCCGUGCUGGAGCUACUAAACUUCCCACCGCCCUCCUCGCCAACCCUCUCUGUUUCCUCCACCAGCCUUUGACACGGGGUCACCGCUUGGCUGACCUCAGCCUCUGCUGCUACAGCCCAGACUGGCUCUGGGAAGAGACGCAACUGCUCGGUUUGAGACUGGGAGGAGGAAGAGGGCGGGAGUGGACAGGUAAAUGGAUGGAGGGAAGAGAAGAAACAGAGGGAAGGUGUGGAUAAGGCUCCUGGCUUGGUUAAUAUACAGAACCCUUCAGAAUUAGUGGCACUCUUGGUCAUGAUUGGUCAAAAAAAAAAAUCACAAAAUAAGUCAUGAACUUAAAUUAAACAAUCUAGGCACUUUUUGAAAACAUUAAUAUGCAGCACUCUGUUAUCUCAAAAGACAUGUGCCACACAUAACUAAAUUUUUCAUGAAUAUGUAAGGGAUGCCAGAUGAUUACUGAAAGAUUUUUUUAUAUUCAUAGUCAAACCAAUCUGCCUAUUCUCCACUAAGUUUGCCAUUAGUUCUGGACUGCCCUGUAUCUGCCUGGAUGCCUGAUAUUCCACUGUACAGCUCCACCUCCAGCUCCCACUCUCUUCAAGAGUACACAGAUGUAUUAACAAUAACCGAUCUUUCCUCAAGCCCCGCUUUUUUCCCCCCACCACUCCCACAGUGUUUGACACACUCAUCGUGAAACGUGGUGGACACUUAAUUCUGUCAUGUGUAAUGUAAAUGUUUUUGGUUUGAUGUUGUUGUCCUCUGCAAGAUUUUUUCUUUUGAUGUCAGGAUUUUUUGCAAUAAUGUACAAAAAAGAGAAACAGAAUGAUUUUACUUUUGGAAUGUAGCUUUCGACUGGUUAUACCAUGCAUGUUUACAUAUUGGCAUUGACUCCCAACAGGAGGAUAAAAAUGUUGUAGUGCUGCUAUGCCACAGUAGGUGGCAGUAACAGGCAAUGUUGUAAACCCUUCCCACACUGCAAGAGAGCAUGGACACCAACAACACAGAAACGUUAGGCCCUCAGAACUGUAAAUGAGUUUGACUCUUUUUUUAUAUAUAUCUAUAUAUAUAAACAGAGAAUAAUUAUGUUGAACUUAUAUGUAUUAUUUAUAAAAAUGUAUAAAUUCUAAUAUAUUCUGUUUUAAAGAGGCUUAGAGAAGCAAACAGAUCAGACAUUUGCCUAUUUAAGAGUGUUUUUAAUAUAUUUAUUUAGGUGUGUAACGUGCAUAUCGUCAAUGGAAAUGACAAAGAGAAUGUGUAAGUGUGUGAGAGAGGUAGUUGUUCGGUUUGUGUGCAUUCGGAGUUUCUCCUGGUUAAGAGGACUGAUUGUUGCAUUUUGAUAUGCAGCGUUUCAUUUGCAUUUCUUAAUGUUUCUUCACUGCCACAAGCAUAAUCUCACAUGAAACUGCACCUAAUGUCCACUACAUUUGUGCAAAAGGCUUUAGUUGCUUGCAAACCUGUCGACCAGUCUUUAUCCUACUUCUCAGUUAUUUUUAAAAUGGAAAUGGAGGUGGAUAUAAUUCUUGGGACACAUGGCAGUUUAAUCUGACAAUAAAGCAGCAAGUACUAGUUUACCUACAGUAUACCAACACUCGACACUAAUGAGUAAUGCUGUUGACACUUGGUGCUGUCAUAUUCUCUUCCACACUACAUCAAGUGUGGUGUCUUGUUUUAUUACCUCAUUGUUGAAACGGACCCAACUUUAUUGCAAGUUGAACAAGAAACAACUGUAUAAUUAGCCACAAAUAUACUGGCUAUAUAACCUGUGGUGGGUGAUUUGAGAAUGUCACCACUGAACUUGCAUUGUCUAACAUAAAUGGAUCACUUUGAGUCUUUUUGACUCCGUUCAUACCCAAGUUCAGUUCAGUUCAUGUGUAGCGCAGUGAUACCAUUCCAAACUUCUGAGAAGUUGUCUUUCUUUCUUUUCUUUUUUUUUGAAGGAUUUUGUUAAUCCGGUUCUGUUUAUCUUAUAAAACUACCUUAUUUUUCAUUUGUUAGAGCGGACCCAGUAGAAUAGGGGCUAUGAUGGUCUUAUGGAGAUGUUAUUCUGUGAAGACUUCCAGAGAAAGGCACACGAAACCAAAAGACUUUGGCCUCCAUUCUGCUGAUCGAAAUGUAAAUAGAAAGAUUGCUUACCUUAAAUCCAUUUGUGCAAUUUCAACGUGACUGUAGUUUGGUUUUUUUAAGUUUGUUUCAAUGUGGUGAUAAUUGUUUAUUUAUGAUAUGUUUGUUAUUUAUGAAGAACUUUAAAAUAUUGAAUUUUGCACUAUUGCGAAAUGGAGCAAUACACUGAAAAAAAAAUAAAAAAUUAAAUAAAGA